AUGGCAGGCCACGACAACAAACGCGAUCUCGAGGUGAACGACAUUUCGGACGAGAAGACCCACAAUGCGCACCUCGAGCAGGCUCAGAUGCUGGCCGACUUGCCUGAUCCCGACGCCGGCAAGACUCCCGAGGAACGGGCCGCCAUUGAUCGCAAAUUGAUGUGGAAAGUCGAUCUAUGGCUCGUUCCGUGGCUAUCUCUCCUCUACCUCCUCUCAUUCCUUGACCGAACCAACAUCGGAAAUGCACGCCUUGCCGGUAUGGAAAAGAAACUGAACAUGAGCGGCACCGACUACAACCUGUCCCUCACAAUCUUCUUCAUCAGCUACGCUGUCUUUGAGCCUGCUACCAACGCCCUGCUGAAGCGUCUCACACCACGCAUCUUCUUCACCGGCAUCAUCGUCGUCUGGGGCACAAUCAUGACUCUCAUGGGUCUUGUCCACAACUUCCAGGGUCUUCUCGCCGCUCGUUGGUUCCUUGGUAUUGCUGAGGCUGGCCUUUUCCCUGGUGUCAACUACUACCUUUCAUGCUGGUACAAGGGUUCCGAGAUCGGUGUCCGUUCUGCCGUCUUCUUCUCCGCUGCUGCUCUUGCCGGCUCUUUCGGCGGUCUUCUCGCAGCGGCCAUUGCCCAGAUGGAUGGCAUCGGUGGUAAGCCCGGUUGGGCCUGGAUCUUCAUCAUCGAGGGUCUGGCUACCGUUUUCGUGGGAGUUUUCUGUUGGUGGAUGGUCUUUGACUGGCCCGAGAACGCCCGCUUCCUCACCCCCGACGAGCGCAUCCGCGUCCAGCGUCGCCUGAUCGCCGACAAGCAGGGCCGUACCGCCGAAGACUUUGACAAGCGUCACAUCUACGCUGCCAUGAAGGACUGGAAGACCUACGGCUACAUGGUCAUCUACAUGGGCUGCCUCGUGCCUCUCUACGCCUUCUCGCUGUUCCUGCCCACCAUCUUGUCAGCGAUGGGGCACACCGGUACCAAGGGCCAGCUUCUCUCCGUCCCUCCCUACGCCGUCGCUGCUGCGCUGACCGUCACUGUCGGUGUGAUUGCCGACCGCACACGCUGGCGCGGCUACUGCAACAUUGCGACCGUGACGAUUGGCAUCGUCGGCUUCGUCAUGCUUAUUGCCUCUAAGAACCCGCAGAUCCAGUACGCCGGAACCUUUUUGGGUGCUGCGGGUAUCUACCCCACCAUUUCCAACACUCUCUCAUGGGUAAUCAAUAACACCGAGGGCUCCCUCAAGCGAGCUUUUGUGCUGGGUAUGGUCGUCGGCUGGGGUAACCUGAACGGUGUUGUUUCAUCAAACAUCUACCUCAAGCACGAGUCCCCGCGCUUCUUCACCGGCCACAGCGUUGUUCUGGCGUACCAGGUUCUCUUCUUGCUUGGUGGCUCCAUCUUCAUGCACUUCGCGCUCCGCAUUGCCAACUCUAAGCGUAGAGCUGGCAAGAUGGAUGCCAAGUGGGCUAGCAUGACGGAAGAAGAGCAGUGGGUUGCCGGCGACAGGCGCCCUGACUUUAUGUAUACGCUCUAA